CUCAUAAACUAAGCCACUCAAACGCUCCCAGCUGAGUCUGGCCAUCACGGCAGACGGGGUUAAAAAAUGGGGGUGUCCUGUUAAACAGGUUGAAGAUCUGAGGAAUGACUGAUCACCACUGGCUGUGCGUAUUUCAACGCGUGCAUCAGUAGAGAAAGCGAAAGAUGCAACCUCGACUCGCAGACCUGCUUUCUGUCAUCUACCACCGUCUGCAGCCCAGCCGGCCGUUUCUUCUUCAGAUUUCUGUAAUGCACUAACUUCUACGUCCACCGUUUUUCCCCCCCGGAACUCUAUUUACAAUUAACGCAAGACUCUUCCCUUUUCUUUCAAUACUGUGGAGCGCCUGCCUCUGGCUUAACCGUGAGCCUUGGAUCCGUCGGCGUAUUGUGAGACCCCGGUGUAUAGCCCGGACAUCUGCCCCAACAUGAUAGCCGCGCAAGCGAAGCUGGUUUAUCAGCUGAACAAAUACUACAAUGAAAGGUGUCAAACUCGCAAGGCAGCUAUCGCCAAGACCAUCAGAGAGGUCUGCAAGGUGGUGUCGGACGUCCUGAAAGAAGUCGAAGUGCAGGAGCCGCGGUUCAUCAGCUCAUUGAGCGAGAUCGACGCUCGCUACGAGGGAAUGGAGGUCAUCGCUCCCACGGAGUUUGAAGUCGUACUUUAUCUAAAUCAAAUGGGCGUUUUCAACUUCGUGGACGACGGAUCAUUGCCGGGGUGCGCAGUUUUGAAGCUCAGCGACGGGCGGAAGAGGAGCAUGUCGCUCUGGGUCGAGUUCAUCACGGCUUCGGGGUACCUCUCCGCCCGAAAAAUCAGAUCAAGGUUUCAGACGCUGGUGGCACAAGCUGUGGACAAAUGCAGCUACCGGGACGUGGUGAAGAUGGUCGCCGACACAAGCGAGGUGAAGCUUAGGAUCCGGGAAAGAUAUGUCGUUAAGAUCACCCCAGCUUUUAAAUGCACCGGCAUCUGGCCUAGAAGCGCGGCGCAGUGGCCCAUGCCUCACAUUCCGUGGCCGGGUCCUAAUCGGGUGGCAGAAGUCAAAGCCGAAGGAUUCAACCUCCUUUCUAAAGAGUGCUACUCGUUAACCGGCAAACAGAGCUCCGCCGAGAGCGACGCCUGGGUCCUGCAAUUCAGCGAAGCAGAAAACAGGCUGCUGAUGGGAGGCUGCAGGAAGAAAUGCCUCUCCAUCCUAAAGACUCUACGGGACCGGCACCUGGAGCUGCCCGGACAGCCGCUGGACAACUACCACAUGAAGACGCUUCUCCUGUACGAGUGCGAGAAGCACCCACGCGAGUCCGACUGGGACGAGGCGUGCCUCGGUGACCGGCUCAACGGGAUCCUGCUGCAGCUCAUCUCCUGUUUGCAGUGCCGGAGGUGCCCCCAUUAUUUCUUACCCAACCUGGACCUGUUUCAGGGGAAACCUCACUCAGCCCUGGAAGCUGCGGCAAAGCAGACGUGGAGACUGGCGCGGGAAAUCCUGACGAAUGCGAAAAGUCUGGACAAAUUAUAGACCCGUUUCAAUAUAAACACACCAAUCUGUCUUUUUCUGUCUCGGAGAUUUAUGAAGAAACGGCAAAUGGGAUAUUACAAGAAAGAAAGGUACAUUUCCAAAUAACGUAAAAUGUUUUGAAAGUUUUCACGAAGAGUAGAAAUUUGCGCAUAGAUCACAAACCUUUGUUGAAAAAUACGAUGCAACGUGCCACGGUCGAUUUUCUAUUAAGUGUCCUGGAAUUUAAAGUAGCCUAACAAAAAUACAUCGAAAUUGGUCGUUUUCGCUGCUCAGUGUCAGGCCUUAGAACUUUAACUGCAAAUUUUUAAGGAAACACUUUGAAAAUAGGUUCAAUGUUAAAUCGAAGGAAUAAGGCUCAAUAAAAGCCUGCCAUGUUUAAAGAAAACUUUGCGUAAGUUUACAUUCAGAGUAGAAAUGCCAACUUAAACAAAAAAACAGGCCAUCUUUAAACCACCCAGUCUUCAUAAACGCAGGCAACUUGCUGAAACGAGCGAGAGGCCAGAAUUAUGGAAACACGGUUAUAAAAUGGUGCUGUUUUAGAAUUAUGUUUGACGCACAUUUGUAAUAUUGUCACGUAAAUUUAGGAUUAACGUAAUAAGCUACUACGUCUGUUAUUGUUACAGUAAUAAUUCAUAAUUUUAUUAUUACCAUGAGCCUCAUUAUUGUCCGUAUGUUAUUAUCCCGCCAGCCCCGUGAGUGUUACCAGCAGGAAUAGUGACAUUUAAUGAUCACGCUAAUUGAAAAAUAAAUAUGCAAACACAUAUGCGGUCUUGCUGCAUCAGGAACGUCUUCCAAAAUCUUCAUACCUUCCCCAGACCGCCAAAACCAAAUGUUACCAUCGAUGCACAACUACUGACUGAUAAUUACGAGCAUUUCAGUCGUUUGCUGAACACAGGCCUAUACGCAAAACCUAAACGACACUAAAUCAAAUUUAGUUGUUGAACGCCAAACACAAACAGGAACAGUAUUCAGGGAAGACGAGGCCUAAGUGUACGAAUCAUUUUAAGAAGUGCCGCCAAUUCGAUGUGCAUUAGGCCUAUUUUUUUCCUGUAUUGCGUGGACAAAACGCUUCUGAAUAAUAAUAAUAAUAAUAAUAAUAAUAAUAAUAAUAAUACCUCAGGCAUGUGUAUUGCGUAAUAUACUGAACAUGACAAACUGAAAUUCAUGGAAGUAAAACGUAAAAGUUACAAACAUUUUCCAUCUUUUUAAGGUUAUUUAAAAUGAAGCGAAUUUAAUAUAAUUAAAAGAGAUACGAAUAAAAUUUAUUAAAUAAAUCAUUUGUUAAUUCACACACAUAGCGCAUGUAUGGAACCCACAUUUAUUAUUAUUUUUUUAUUUAUUAUGCAAAAAAGGUAACGUUACACGUGCGAUAAAAAUCAUUUUUCUUACGUUCAGAUUUAAAAAUUUGAAUUAGACUAACACCAAACAACACCUAAAUACAAAAUGAUAUCAAACUU